CGGCGCGGCGCGGGAGCGCGCCAGCGGCGGCUGCUGGGGGGCGGGGAGCAUCUGCCGAGGCGACGGUGGCGGCUUAGGCACCGCGACAGGCGGCGGCGGCGGCGGCUCCUCUUGGUGAAGCUCGGCGUGCGGCCAGCUCUCGAGUUGGGGACGGAACACUUGGCGUUGCAGGCCCCGCCCGGAAAGUUUGCAGCGAAGCUGCGAUCUCCUGGCCCGCGCGGCCCGGCAUGAAGCGGCGCUAAGGAGCCGCUGCCGCAGCCGCGCCUCCUGAGGAGCAGUCGCAGCAGCUUGGGCCACGCCGAUGACUACUGCAAACUGUGGCGCCCACGACGAGCUCGACUUCAAACUCGUCUUCGGCGAGGACGGGGCGCCGGCGCCGCCGCCUCCGGCCCCGCGGCCUGCAGAUCUUGAGCCAGAUGAUUGUGCAUCCAUUUACAUCUUUAAUGUAGAUCCACCUCCAUCUACUUUAAACUCGCCACAUUGCUUACCACAUCAUGGAUUACCGUCUCACUCUUCUGUUUUGUCACCAUCGUUUCAGCUCCAAAGUCACAAAAACUAUGAAGGAAUUUGUGAGAUCCCUGAGUCUAAAUACAGCCCAUUAGGUGGUCCCAAGCCCUUUGAGUGUCCAAGUAUUCAAAUUACAUCCAUCUCUCCCAACUGUCAUCAAGAAAUAGAUGCUCCUGAAGAUGACCUGCACAUAAAUGACCCAGAAAGGGAAUUUUUGGAAAGGCCAUCUAGAGAUCAUCUCUAUCUUCCUCUUGAGCCAUCCUACCGAGAGUCUUCCCUUAGUCCCAGUCCUGCCAGCAGCAUCUCUUCUAGAAGCUGGUUUUCAGAUGCAUCUUCUUGUGAAUCUCUUUCACACAUUUACGAUGAUGUAGACUCAGAGUUGAACGAAGCUGCUGCUCGAUUUACUCUUGGAUCUCCUUUAACUUCUCCUGGGGGUUCUCCAGGAGGCUGCCCUGGAGAAGAGUCCUGGCAACAACAGUAUGGAGUUGGACACUCCUUGUCACCCAGGCAGUCUCCUUGCCACUCUCCUAGAUCUAGUAUCACUGAUGAGAAUUGGCUGAGCCCUAGGCCAGCCUCAGGACCCUCCUCAAGGCCCACUUCCCCCUGUGGGAAGCGGCGGCACUCCAGUGCUGAGGUUUGUUACGCUGGCUCACUUUCACCCCAUCACUCUCCAGUUCCUUCUCCUGGUCACUCCCCCAGAGGAAGUGUAACAGAAGAUACCUGGCUCAAUGUUUCUUCUGUCCAGGGUGGAUCAGGCCUUGGCCCUACGCUUGUUCCAUUUCAGUACUGUGUAGAGACUGAUAUUCCUCUGAAAACAAGGAAGACUUCUGAAGAUCAAGCUGCCAUACUACCAGGAAAAUUAGACCUUUGUUCAGAUGACCAAGGAAAUUUAUCACCAUCUCGGGAGACUUCAAUAGAUGAUGGCCUUGGAUCCCAGUAUCCUUUAAAGAAAGAUUCAUCUGGUGACCAGUUUCUGUCAGUUCCUUCACCCUUUACUUGGAGCAAACCAAAGCCUGGCCAUACCCCUAUAUUUCGCACAUCUUCAUUGCCUCCACUAGACUGGCCUUUACCAACUCAUUUUGGACAAUGUGAACUGAAAAUAGAAGUGCAGCCUAAGACUCAUCAUCGAGCCCAUUAUGAAACUGAAGGUAGCCGAGGGGCAGUAAAAGCAUCUACAGGGGGACAUCCUGUUGUGAAGCUCCUGGGCUACAGUGAAAAACCAAUAAAUCUACAGAUGUUUAUUGGGACAGCAGAUGAUCGAUACUUGCGGCCGCAUGCGUUUUACCAGGUGCAUCGAAUCACUGGGAAGACGGUUGCAACAGCAAGCCAAGAGAUAAUAAUUGCUAGCACAAAAGUCCUGGAAAUUCCACUGCUUCCUGAAAACAAUAUGUCAGCCAGUAUUGACUGUGCAGGUAUUUUGAAACUUCGCAAUUCAGAUAUAGAACUUCGAAAAGGAGAGACUGAUAUUGGCAGAAAGAAUACAAGAGUACGACUUGUGUUUCGUGUACAUAUCCCACAGCCCAAUGGAAAAGUCCUUUCUCUGCAGACAGCUUCUAUACCUGUUGAAUGCUCCCAGCGGUCUGCUCAAGAACUUCCUCAUAUUGAGAAGUACAGUAUCAACAGUUGUUCUGUAAAUGGAGGUCAUGAAAUGAUUGUGACUGGAUCUAAUUUUCUUCCAGAAUCUAAAAUCAUUUUUCUUGAAAAAGGACAAGAUGGACGACCUCAGUGGGAAGUAGAAGGGAAAAUAAUCAGGGAAAAAUGCCAUGGGGCUCACAUUGUCCUUGAAGUUCCUCCAUAUCAUAACCCAACAGUUACAGCUGCAGUGCAGGUGCACUUUUAUCUUUGCAAUGGCAAGAGGAAAAAAAGCCAGUCCCAACGUUUUACUUACACACCAGUUUUGAUGAAACAAGAACACAGAGAAGAGAUUGACUUAUCUUCAGUUCCAUCUUUGCCGGUGCCUCGUCCUGCCCAGACCCAGAGGUCUUCAUCAGAUCCAGGGCACCCACAUGAUAGUGUUUUGCCAGCACAGAGAAGUUUGGUUUGUCCCGUCCAGCAAGCAUAUGCAUCAGUGGUAACCUCCUCCCAUCUGCCACAGUUGCAGUGUAGGGAUCAGAGUGUUUGUAAAGAACAGCAUAUGAUUCCUUCUCCAGUUGUGCACCAGGCUUUCCAGGUCACACCUACACCUCCUGUGGGGUCUUCCUAUCAGCCUAUGCAAACUAAUGUGUACAAUGGACCAACUUGUCUUCCUAUUAAUGCUGCCUCUAGUCAAGAGUUUGAUUCAGUUUUGUUCCAGCAGGAUACAGCUGUUCCUAGUUUAAUAAAUCUUGGCUGUCAACCACUGUCAUCCAUACCAUUUCAUUCUACAAAUUCAGGCUCAACAGGACAUCUCUUAGCACACACACCUCAUUCUGUGCAGACCCCACCUCAUCUACAGCCAAUGGGAUAUCAUUGUUCAAAUGUAGGACAAAGGUCUCUUUCUUCUCCAGUGGCUGACCAAGUCCCAGGGCAGCCGUCCUCUCAGUUACAACCCAUUACAUAUGGUUCUUCACAUUCAGGGUCUGCUACAACAGUUUCCCCAGCAACUUCUCAUCCCCUGGCCAGUUCACCACAUUCUGGGCCACCGUCUCCUCAGCUACAGCCUAUGCCUUACCAAUCUCCUAGCUCAGGAACUGCCUCAUCACCGUCUCCAGCCCCCAGAAUGCAUUCUGGGCAGCAUGCAACUCAAGCACAAAGUACAAGCCAGGGAGGUCUUUCUGCACCUUCAACCUUAAUGUGUCACAAUUUAUGUGAUACAACUUCAUUUUCUUCUGACGGGGCAACUGUGAGCAUUAAACCUGAACCUGAAGAACGAGAACCCAACUUUGCAACCAUUGGUCUACAGGACAUCACUUUAGAUGAUGACCAGUUUAUGUCAGACUUGGAACACCAGCCAUCAGGUUCAGCAGAGAAAUGGCCUAACCACAAUGAGCUCUCAUGUCCAGCUCCUUUCUGGAAAAUCUAGAGG